CCGGAAGCGGAAACUCCUUGGGGAAACGGCAAUCCCCCGAGCCGGUUCCCAGGCCGGGUGGAGACCAACUCUGGGGUCUCUUGGUAGGAGAGUGGAGAGCACGUCUUCUGCUGAGUGCUGCCGCCCCUUCCCAGGACAGCGGAGGUGGAACUUCGUCGCGCUGCAACCCCCGGCUCGGGAUCCUGGGGCGUCCUUUGGCAGUCGAUUGCACCCUGCACUAGAGAGAAGUCCAGGAAUGAUAUAUUCUUGGGCUGUAUUUCUCUACCCUGGAAUUCAUCCAGUUCAUCCCAGAAACACUGACCUGGUUACUGUGACAAAGUCUGAUGGAUAGACCCUUUCUGUUGACCUUGUGGCGUUUUUCUUUCAUGUGGAAGUUGGAAGACAAGGUGAAAGGGGCCAAAAGUUACCUGCUUUGGUGAAUAGGAGUGCUCUACUUGGUUCUCAGAACAUGGGCCCUCGUUUAAAGAGACGGGGUUUUGCCAUGUUGCUCAGGCUGGUCCCAAGCUCUUGAGCUCAAGUGAUCCUCCUGCCUUGGCUUCCAAAGUGCUGAGAUUACAGCACCCCGUGAGGUACAUAUAAGGAAACUGGCACUCCUUUACAAAGAUUAAAUGACUUGUCCAGGGUCACAUUAUGAAUGACGGGGCAUGGAUUUGGAGCCAGCUGCAGCUGUGAUCCUCGGCUGUCUGUUGGCAUUGACGGGACCUGAUGUUUUACGUUAUUGGUGGAAUCACAGUGUCUGUGGUUGCAUUCUUCUUCACAAUUAAGUUCCUCUUUGAGCUUGCCGCACGUGUAGUCAGCUUCCUCCAGAAUGAGGACCGCGAGCGCCGAGGGGACCGGACUAUUUAUGACUACGUGCGGGGAAAUUACCUGGAUCCCCGGUCUUGCAAAGUCUCCUGGGAUUGGAAGGACCCCUAUGAGGUGGGCCACAGCAUGGCCUUCCGAGUGCAUUUAUUCUAUAAGAACGGGCAGCCUUUCCCUGCUCAUCGGCCUGUGGGACUAAGAGUUCACAUCUCUCAUGUCGAGCUAGCAGUGGAAAUUCCAGUGACCCAGGAAGUCCUUCAGGAGCCCAAUUCCAACGUAGUAAAAGUGGCCUUCACUGUGCGCAAGGCUGGGCGUUAUGAAAUCACAGUGAAGCUUGGUGGAUUAAAUGUGGCAUAUAGUCCCUACUACAAAAUUUUUCAACCUGGAAUGGUGGUUCCUUCUAAGACCAAAAUUGUGUGCCACUUUUCUACUCUUGUAUUGACCUGUGGGCAGCCGCACACCCUUCAAAUAGUACCCCGAGAUGAGUAUGAUAAUCCCACCAACAAUUCCAUGUCCUUGAGAGAUGAGCACAAUUACACCUUGUCCAUUCAUGAGCUCGGCCCUCAAGAAGAAGAGAGUACUGGUGUCUCAUUUGAGAAAUCAGUAACAUCCAACAGGCAGACUUUCCAGGUGUUCUUGCGACUCACCCUGCAUUCUCGAGGCUGCUUCCAUGCUUGCAUUUCAUACCAAAAUCAGCCAAUCAAUAAUGGUGAAUUUGACAUUAUUGUCCUAAGUGAGGAUGAGAAGAAUAUCGUCGAACGCAAUGUGUCCACUUCAGGCGUGAGCAUUUACUUUGAGGCUUAUCUUUAUAAUGCUACCAACUGUAGCAGCACUCCAUGGCACCUGCCACCCAUGCACAUGACCUCUUCCCAGCGCCGGCCAUCCACUGCUGUUGAUGAGGAAGAUGAAGACUCGCCCUCUGAGUGCCACACCCCUGAGAAGGUGAAGAAGCCGAAGAAGGUGUACUGCUAUGUGUCACCAAAGCAAUUCUCAGUGAAGGAAUUCUACCUGAAGAUCAUCCCCUGGCGCCUUUACACCUUCCGAGUGUGUCCAGGAACAAAAUUUUCAUACCUUGGUCCUGACCCUGUCCAUAAGCUCCUCACACUGGUGGUGGAUGAUGGCAUUCAACCUCCUGUGGAGCUCAGCUGUAAGGAGAGGAACAUUCUAGCAGCCACUUUUAUCCGCUCCCUGCAUAAGAACAUAGGAGGCUCUGAGACCUUUCAGGACAAGGUGAACUUUUUCCAGCGAGAGCUUCGGCAGGUACAUAUGAAAAGACCACAUUCCAAAGUCACCCUGAAGGUCAGCAGACAUGCCUUGUUGGAAUCGUCUCUGAAAGCCACUCGGAAUUUCUCCAUCUCAGAUUGGAGCAAGAACUUUGAGGUUGUUUUCCAGGAUGAAGAAGCUCUGGACUGGGGAGGGCCUCGCCGGGAAUGGUUUGAGCUAAUCUGCAAAGCACUAUUUGAUACCACCAAUCAGCUCUUCACCCGGUUCAGUGACAACAACCAAGCAUUAGUGCAUCCCAACCCUAAUCGCCCCACUCAUCUGCGCCUGAAAAUGUAUGAGUUUGCGGGACGGCUCGUGGGCAAGUGUCUCUAUGAGUCCUCUCUAGGAGGAGCCUACAAGCAGUUGGUCCGAGCUCGCUUCACCCGCUCUUUCCUGGCCCAAAUCAUAGGACUGCGUAUGCAUUACAAGUACUUUGAAACAGAUGACCCAGAAUUCUACAAAUCUAAAGUUUGUUUUAUCCUCAACAAUGACAUGAGUGAGAUGGAGCUGGUCUUUGCAGAAGAGAAAUAUAAUAAAUCAGGUCAAUUGGAUAAGGUUGUAGAACUCAUGACAGGUGGAGCUCAAACUCCAGUCACCAAUGCGAAUAAAAUCUUCUAUUUAAAUUUGCUGGCCCAAUAUCGGCUGGCCAGUCAAGUGAAAGAGGAGGUGGAACAUUUCCUAAAAGGCCUGAAUGAAUUGGUCCCUGAGAACCUUUUGGCUAUUUUUGAUGAGAAUGAGCUUGAGCUGCUGAUGUGUGGGACUGGAGACAUCAGUGUGUCUGACUUCAAAGCCCAUGCAGUAGUUGUUGGUGGCUCAUGGCAUUUCAGAGAAAAGGUCAUGAGGUGGUUUUGGACUGUGGUUUCCAGUCUGACCCAGGAGGAGUUGGCUCGGCUACUUCAGUUCACAACAGGCUCCUCUCAGCUACCACCUGGAGGCUUUGCCGCCCUCUGUCCCUCAUUUCAGAUUAUUGCCGCUCCGACCCAUAGCACGCUGCCUACUGCACACACAUGUUUUAACCAGCUGUGCCUCCCUACAUAUGACUCCUAUGAAGAGGUGCACAGGAUGCUGCAGCUGGCCAUCAGCGAGGGUUGUGAGGGCUUUGGCAUGCUCUGACCACUCUCCUGUCAUCCAGUUGGCUCCCAUGCUCUCUGGAGCUUCUGGGCGCAAGUUACAGACAUCAUAACCACUGAUCCUAACACACAUAACCAUCAGCCAGAAGAUGCCGCAUGCUCCCCUGUGUCUGGAGGAUUUUGUCACCUACAAGCCUUGUCUUUACCUCACCUGCUCCCUGCCCAUAUCCACCACAGGCCACUUUGGCAUGGUAUGUAAGCUGAGCUCUUCAUUCUGUCAUGAGAAGAGGACCAUGCUGCUGUCAUUUAUUUGGUCCUUUGAAGAUCUCAGUAGCUGAGGGAGAUGGCACAUGGGGCUCAGCCCUGUUGGGAAACUGGUGUGGAGACCGUUAAAUCCACACUGUGCUCCAAAACUCCCUCUGCUGAUACUCCUUGGAGACACCCUCUUUGGCCCUCACUACUUGACCAGACUGGUACUUGAGUCCUUCUCAUGGGUGGGGUGAUUGCCUCUUCUCAUCAGGAGCCAGGAGAGAGGGACAGAUAGGAGGUGGCCCAUAGGAGCAGUCCCGCUGCACAAUGGUAGGCAUAGGCCAUGGCACUGGACUGCCUCUAAGGACUGCUAAAAAGAAUCUUUUUUUAUGGUGUCAGAACUGGAAAAAGCACUUUCCCUUUGGGCAUUUCUGGAAAUGAUUAUUAAUCCACAAAGAAGAACUCUCUAAGCUUUUUCUUGAAUUGUAGCCAGUGAGAAAAACAGAUAGACUGAAGAAUAUGAAGGAUAGCUGAGCUGUAGCCUCCAGAGUGGGGCAUGCCUAGGCAUAUGGCUGGCUUGGAGACUACUGAUGCUUUUCCCUGAGUUUGUUAUUGGCACUGAAGUAUGGCCGGCUUGGGCCACUGACUUCCCCAUUAUGUAGUCUGCUAAAAGCUGGGGAUCCUUUAGCAUUCUACUGAAGAAAAUUUUGUAGCGAAAGAUUAGAACAGUAAGAAUAGUAUGCCAGCAAUCCCUGAUUCUCUCUGCUUGGUGUUCUCUGGCAGCACUAAGACAAAGGAACAGGGACUAGGAGUUUACAUGCUUAUCACAGGUCCUUGGCGUCAGGACACUAGGGACGAACAUGGAGGUGGUAUGUUACACAGUAAACACCUGCCAACCCCUGUACUCCCCUUUGCUCCAUCAGUUAUCAGGAAGGAGAACUAAGGAGGGAGGAAGCUUAUUAGGUUCACUGUUGAAUGAUGAUUGAAGAGUACCUGCUGCUGUAUCUUGGAAGAUGACAACAUCCUUUUUCAUUACUGUUUGAUUGAAAAUAAUUUCAGGAUUCAAAAUCUCAUUGACUUCCCAAAUUUGUGUUUUUAAGAAGGCUUUGCUGCAAGCUACCAUUCCCAAUGGGGCAGUCAACUCUGAGAAUAUUACAAGCCAUCUUUAUUGCCAAAACCAGCAAGUACACAGAGUCCUGAGACAAGGCAGGACUUUGGCAAUGCCUUGGCCUCCUGGAAGCAUGUCUGAGCCCUCCUGUUCGCAGGGAUCAUGAGGAACAAGUCCUCCUGAGCUGCUACAGUUCCUGCCUGACCUCAGUCUUUCGCAGUCAUCAUUUGUCCUUUCUUGGCACAUGGGUGCUGACCUCACUCAUCCUUGGGGUCCGGGAUCCAGCAUUAGGGUCUCUAUACCCCAGGAUCCUCCAUGCCACAUGGUCACUGCUCUCCUCAGGGACCAGGACAAGGUGCUGCUGCUUGCCCAAAUGUUUUCCCAUGGGAUAUGUACAGGAAGGUUUAUCACCACCCUGGGAAACAUAAUGCUGCCCCUUGGGCCCAGAAAGGGGUUUCCAGCUGGGGGCACGUGGACUGGUUCUGCUGUUUUUGGCAGUCGCUUUUCUGAAUUCUCCCCUCCGGCAGCCUUCCAGAGACUGAUCCUGGAGAUUGAGUUGAUUGUCUUGGCUAGACCUGUCAUUUUAAGCUGUAGUCAUAGCACUUUUUCAGAGCAUCUUAGGCACCAUUGCAACCCAACCAGGGAAGCUGCAUCCCUGUGGUGGUCCUUAGGCACCAGUCUUUGUUAAACAAAACCCUUUGGUACUAUUGUGGUUUUCUAUUCUCUGUCUGAACUCUAUUCAAAAGUAUCUUUGCUCUCUUGGGCCUUUUCUUUUACUGUUUUUUUUUUUUUUUUUUUUUUCUAAUCCUGCUUUCAUACUAGCCAGUGUGGGGAAAAGGUACAAUAUGUCAAAGAGAUGAGAGAGUGUUAUUUCUUGGGCAAUUUUCUAUUAGUGUUUCUUAUUUUGGACAGUUCUUUUAUUUAUGUCCUUGUGACCCAGGUACUUGGGGGGCCAGCUACCCUUCUGGCCUUUUAGCGUCUUUGAAGGAGACCAGACAUGAGUGAAUACCUAGGAGAGUGUCAGCAUGUUUCUGGAAAAUUGGCAGAGACCAAGCCCUGCUGCAGAUUCGUCAGGCCAGGUGAAAGGGCCAGGCAGUUGCAGCUGAUGAUGUAAAUAUUUUGUACAGUAGAUAAAUAAAUGUUUAAAAGAACUAA